AUGACUCUGCUGAACACUAUGAGCAGCAGUUACUUUAUAUCUGUGCAAGGGCAACUACAGCAGGGUGCUCUUUCUCCACACCUUCAAAGGGCGCACCUGAACUUCGACCUUGAUCUUACCCGCGCGUAUCCCUCUGAACGAAAAUAUUCUCGAAAACCUACCACAGCCGACAAAGAUGGGCCGCGAUCUCGCAGUAACUUUCGACUGACGAGAACAUUGAAAGACGCGUUCGAAGCCACAUCGCGAACAAUCGCCAUGGACUCGAACGAUGGCGCCCCACCUCCAACAGCAAUUGACCGUACAACAAGUCCAAUACGCCGACAUCAGCGAAGUUAUACCCUGCCAUCCCCCUACGCAGAAGUCACAAGCCCCCCGCCAGCCGAAAUACUAGAAACGUACCAGAGAAUCAACGAUGCGGACGACUUGGCGGAUUUGGUUUCAGAGGAUGACCAAGACUACCUCGGGAAUGGAUUAUCUCGAAAAAGCUCCGGAGAGCGGAGGAGGCGCGAUUCUCCUGGACCUAUGAACACUCAACACACUCAGACGGAAGCAAACUUGGACCCAGGUUUUAGCUACCUGGACGAUGCUACGGAUGACUAUGUGCGGGGAAAACUAUCAACAUAUAAACGCGACGAGGAACGUUUAAGUCGUGUAACUUCUAGUCAAUCGCCGGUAUUUAGCAGAGCAAAAGUUGGGUCGAGAGCAGAAGGGUUACAACGACGCGAUUCGGAUCCCCGAGCAGAGGAAGCAAGUCAAGACGUUGGUGGAGAAGAGGAUGGCCUUCGUCUUGGGUUAAAUGUGCCCAAAACCUGGGGAAACAAAUCGAGUAGUCAUCGACGAUGGCUGACCUCCAUCACAGGCGAUACCCCUCGUGCUGACGCAUCUGGACGCAGCACUGCGAGAGAAAGAGGGUCCAGGAUUGAGUCAAGAAGCCGUUCACCUCGUCUCAGUGACAAGUCACCUUCACGGUUUGAUCGAAAGACGAGCCAAGAAUUCGCAUCCAGAUCGGAGAGGUCUCGUCUGGGAGCUCCACCAUCAGACGGUCUUCACAACACUUCUCGUUCCAGAUCGCGAUCACUGGGUAGAAAUGGCUUAACAGGCGACAGCAUUUCAAACACGCCGAUCACGAUCUAUAAGUCAACAUCCAGAGAUCCAUCUCAGAAAUUACGAAGUGAUUCUCGAGAGCUACUCCGCAAGUUGGCCCGCACUGAGAGUCCCCCACAACAGAGUACACCCGCACAGCAAAGGCCAGAGGAGACUCCUCUCCCGCAGAAAACACCUGUUGUAAUAGGGGCUUGGGUUGAUACGCCGAUGACUGUUCGAAAGAGGGAGAAUAACAAAGAUAACACGGAAGAAAUCAAUUCUCCGAGCAAGGCAGCUCCAAACUCCACGACGAUUGCGCCAAAGAGAGAAUCACAAACCCCAAUUGCUGAGGACUCAUCCAAGAAGGAAUCAGAAGAUAAAAUUACGACCAAACCUAGCACACAACAAGCUCCUUCAAAGCCCAAUGUGUUGACUGAAAAGUCACUUAACAUCGACAGUAAGAAGGAGCCAAAGCCAGAACUCGUCAAACCGAAAUUACCGAAGAGCGCCCUAGAGACUUUCAUUGAGGAUGCGAAAUCUAAUGGCAACCCUUUAUCAUUGGGUGAUGAUACAAUAGCCUCUUUAGAGGGACUGAUGGAUGGGACAGACGCGAAAGUAUCGUCUACGUUCGCAAAGUUGAAAGAAGAAGAAUUGGAAAAGGAGCUUGAUGCAAAAAGAGCUGACACAACCCAGAGUCAAAGUGGCGACAGGUAUACGAAAUCACUAGAUCGUCUGGGAUCGAAGCUACAGUCGAUCAUCCAUAGUAUACAGGAUGCGCGAACGGGUCUCAACGUGAUUGAGCAUGCCAUCGUACCAGGAAACGGCAAGGUUAUACUCCCGGACGUAAGCGAAAAACUCUGCGAAACCUGUGGGAACGCUAAACAUGCGCACUGCGAUGGACGUGUUUACCUUGCCAUUCCGAUCCCUCGUCUCUGGAAACGGGAGAGCAGCACUCAGCGCCUACGCCCGACAUUCCUAGGCUGGGUGAUGAUCUAUUUUGGUUGUUGGUAUCUCACUGAGAGUAUCAUGUGCGAUAUUUACUGCCAUCCUACUGUCGCUGAAGUCUGUGAUGGCUAUUGUCUACAACCGGACGCUCCGCAAUUCCCAUUUGUGCUGCCAACAAUGCUCUGGCGCUGGUCACAUAUUUCAAGUAUCCUAACCCCGAUAAUUACUAUCCUAGUCGCCUUUCUACGCUUAAUCGCUCAAUUGUGUGGCAUGUGGGAUGGGUACGUUGACGAUAGUCAGCUUUCAGACAUCCAAUGGUCGUCGUCCUCUGCUUCAUAUCUCACCGAUCCUCCAAUUGGCGGUUCUGAGCAUCAGGGAACACAAAAUGGUUUCUUCGGCUUGUGGCCUGGUGGGCGUCCAAAACACUCGGCAACGCGUGUUUCGACAUCCACCGCUUCUACUUCCAUGCCAACCAUCUUGCAGCAGGUCAUCCAAGACCCUCAAGGUGACGGGGUGGCUUACAGUAUUGAUAACGAUGAAAUGGUGUGAUCUCUACAAUGCUCUUAUUUCGAAAGGAAAACAUUUCGCUUCGCUUUAUUAAUCAUGUAUUGCUUUUCGUGGCGUAUCCUGGGAUGUGGUGGUCUUUAUUCCUGGAUGAGACGGGGCAUUUCUUCUUUUAUUCGGGCACAUGCAGUAUCGUGGA